UAUCGAAGAAGUGGUACUGUAUUUGAACAAUGCAGGUGUGCACGUCAAGUAAGUGAUUUCCCAACCCCACCCUCUGAUAUUGCCAUGUGUAUCGUCCUGCUAACAGAAUUCUCCUUAGAUUUACUGAUGUGCAAUCCGCAUACGAAGCUAGACAAGAGAUGGACCUAAUGAUUCUACGAGAGAUAUCCAGUUUGCCUAUGAGAGUAACCUUACGUACCGGUUACCAAUACUCCCGACUCGCACCCCCACCUCAAGAAGUUAUGUAUCAACUAUCGAACGGCCCAGGCAUACAACCAGACUUGUAUGUUUCUGGGAUAGGACAACCGUUUCCGUCGCACGCUGGCCCUGUGGCCGAACCUGUAGGAGUUGUUGAUGGGUCGUCUGGCAUCCAAUCGAGAUCUUUUAUGUCUCCUGAUUCCGCUGGAUCCCAGGAGGUCCCAACAGUGAGACUGCCCACAAUACAGGAAGUUCUAUCGCCUAAGGAUAAGAAGGGCGCUCGAACUAUAAAAUCUGCAAGUCUGGGUGGAAAAAAUUUAAGCUCAAAGACAGAGCAUCAUAGCACAGUCACCGGAGAGACUCCAAAGAAAGGAAACCCUAAGGCAGACGGAAAGGAGAAGGAUAAGCGAGACCCACAUCCUACAACGCAGACACAAAACUCAAACACUUGCCCAACACCCCUCACUAAGAAAUAUCAACCUCCAAAACCUACCAUCAUAGGACCAGCAGGUCCUGAUGGACCUCUCCCCGUUGGCUGGGAAGACGCACCCUCCAAUGCACGCCCGAUAAUUCGGGACUUUGCGUAUAGCCAAUCUGAAAUACCGGUAAGUCCUUUUUCCUCAACGAAGAAUCGUGAUUCCAUCUUCAAUAAUAGUAAGCUGACGCAAAGGGAACAGGAAAGACGAAGGCACGGUCCCAGAAGAAGCAGAAGAAUACCAUCACCACCGCUCCACCCCCAAUCCCAAGAAUUUCUAACCACCGUCAUAUACCAAUCACCCGAAUCUUGGCUCCGGGACCAUCGAAACGAUCAUGUCCCUCAGAAUGCGGCCACGCACACCCCCAGAAAACAAAAAGGCCAACAGGGCCAGAGCAAGACACCGUCGGACCCAUUCCAAGACCAACCCGGGUCUGUUCAUGGCUCCGUGCCAUCCUACACCGUACCACUGCUGAAGCGCAGUAACAAGAAGCUUCGCAGAAAGGUUUCCAGAAACCCGGGGUUAGCCAUGGAAGACGACGUGUUCGGGUCCACGGCAGAAGGGAGUCCUCUAGACCGAAAUCUGCGAAGCAAAACUUCGGAGCCGCGGGAGCGAAAAUGGAAGCAGAGACAAGGAAGCAUAACUUCACCAAGCGUGAAGAAAUUGCUAGGGAAGGCCACAGAAGCAUCGAGCCCCAUGCCGGGGUCUUCUCAUUCCCGGCAUGGGGCUGAUGUCUUCUAUGGGCCAAAGAAUGGCCAAGAUAAGAGUGGUUCAGUCCACAACAAGAAAUUUUCGGACCAGAAGACGGCAACACCACGCACCCCUGAAUCGGUACGACGACGAGCCCGCGAUAACCUUCAACAAAUACGACAAGGGGCUCGGAGUUUCCUGGCCCAGGCGACAAUGCCGACUCUCUCAUCGAAAGAUGGGCAUCGGCCUACUACUACGUUGACCGAAUCGCGGCCAAAAUUUAACGCGUGGGCGAAAGGACCACCCAAAUUCGCCAAUCCUGCGCCAUCUGGCCCGCCCCCAAAGGCUCAACCCGCACAGGGAAAGGGAAGCGGUGGUGUGCCGGAUGGCCAGGCCACGACCUCUCAACCUCCGAAUCAAGGCACGUCUAGACCGCCGCAAGUACCCCAACCUCAUAUGCCUCCAUCAUCGCGGCCAGCAAGGGGAAGGGCCACUUGGUCCGGACUUGCUGGCAGAGAGAACGCUAGGAAGGGGAAGAAUCACCAAGGUCCAAAACCUGGUGAUGGCCGAAAGGGGGACUAGAUAUGUGGGAUGGCGAGGUGGGCUUUGAUGUAGCCGUUACUCGCAUGAACUUGGAGGAUUGGAAGGAAUAAUUGUGAUUAGGUUGAUAGGGCAAAGGAAAAGACAAUUGGUAUUCUUGAACGUAAUAAGGCAUUGACUUCCUAUUAAUCAUAAUGUGAAUGCAACAUAAAUACAGU